GUUGAAAAGUUGAAGAUAGUGAGAAGCAACAGUUCCACACGGAUCCAUUCCAUGGCAUAGCAGACGCGAAUCGAUCAGCAUCGGCCAUCCCUAAGCAACCCUCACCUUCCUCCCUCCUUCCUUCUCACUUCAAUUCUCCCAAACCUCUCUCUUCUCUCUCCACUCCAGUCCAGUCCCUCUCUACCCCAUAGAAUCUCUCUCUCUCUGUCUCUCUCUCUCUCUAAAACUCCAUCAUCGCCAUUAGCACCACCAAUGGUGACCCAGCAAUUCCUGAACAGCGUGCUCUCCCAGCGAGGCCCCUCGGCCCUCCCCUACUCGGAAGACGUCAAAUGGCUCAUCCGCCAACACAUCCUCUCCCUUAACCAAGCCUUCCCCUCUCUCCACCCAGAGACCGCCACCUUCACCCACAACGACGGUCGCUCCGUCAACCUCCUCCGCGCCGAUGGCACCAUCCCCAUGCCCUUCCACGGAGUCACCUACAACAUCCCCGUCGUCAUCUGGCUCAUGGAGUCCUACCCCCGUCACCCUCCCUGCGUCUAUGUCAAUCCCACUCGCGACAUGAUCAUCAAGCGCCCUCACUCCCACGUCAACCCCUCCGGCCUCGUCUCCAUCCCCUACCUCCACAAUUGGGUCUAUCCCAGCUCCAAUCUCGUCGAUCUCGCCACCGAGCUCAGCCGCAUGUUCAGCCGCGACCCCCCGCUCUACUCUCGCCGCCCCAACACUAAUCCUAACCCUAACCCUAAUCCGCCUUCCAAUCACCCCGGCGCAUAUCCCAAUCCGAGCCCCAACCCAACUGGGUAUUCCUCCGUUUCGUCGAAUUCGAUGAAUUCGGCGGCGAUCCCGCCAAGGGUGUAUCCUCCGUCGCCGUACGGGGCCUCCGGCGGGGCGAGGAUUCCACCGCCGUCGCCGCAGCGGCAGACGGAGGAUCCAAACGAGGUGUACAAGAGGAACGCGAUAAACAAGCUUGUGGAGACGCUGCACGGUGAUAUCAUGGGAUUGAGGAAGACGAGAGAGGCUGAAAUGGAAGGGCUUUUUAAUGUGCAGGCAGCACUCAGGCAGAGGGAAGAACAGCUUGGGAAAGGGUUGAGAGAGAUGCUGGAUGAGAAGGAGGGGCUAGAACAGCAAUUGCAAAUGGUUUUGAUGAACAGCGAUGUUUUGGAGGUGUGGCUGAGGGAGAAUGAGGGGAAGAUGACUACUAUGGGGAGUUCAGAUGUGGUUGACGAUGCGUUCGAGCCUUGCGAUGCUCUUUCUAAACAAAUGCUUGAUUGUACUGCAUCGGAUUUAGCUAUAGAGGAUGUAAUUUACUCAUUGGACAAGGCAGUACAGGAGGGUUCCAUACCCUUCGAUCAGUAUUUGAAGAAUGUAAGGUUGUUGUCCCGGGAGCAGUUCUUCCACCGUGCUACAUCUGCAAAAGUUAGGGCUGCACAGAUGCAGGCUCAGGUUGCUAGUAUGGCUGCUAGGGCAUCAUACGUUUCAUGAAAAAAAGUCCAUGACUUGGUCUGCUACGGUGGAUUUUCUGCCAUGGCUGAAGUCAAGUCAGUAUUGUUACCAUGAUCCCUUUCAAUACUGCUAAAGAUAAUAUAGUUUAGGGUUAGUUCUUUUGUGAAGAUAUGUUGGUGUUAAUUUUUUUCCUUUUUUGAUUUGUAUUGAUAAGAGAAAAAAACAUUGAUUUUGUUGCCAUAACACUUGUAAUUGCCUAAUAAUUUAUGUGCCAAAGCUUGUUUUUGUUUCUA